GAAGAAUAAAGUUUAGUGGUUGAGAAUGUUCCUGCUUUAGGAAAUUCUGUUCCCCCGUCCAAGGUCCCGAAGUAAUAUCAGCAUGGCAUCCAAAGCCCUUUUUACAUGCUUGCCUGAUUCUUCUUCUUCUUCUUCUUCUUCUUCUUCUUCUGCUGCUGUUGCUGCUGUUGUUGGAAAUUGAAGUUCUUUGUUUUGGUGUCGUUUGUUAAGGCUUAGAAUGAACGAUUGGGCUGCUCCCCUCAUAGCUGCGGCUCUGUUUGCAAUUCUGUCACCAGGAACACUCUUUCAAAUGCCUGGCAAGAAUCGGCCCCUUGAUUUCAUGAACAUGAAGACUAGCAUUGCUUCCAUUUUUGUGCACACAGUUCUCUACGGUUUGUUUCUUAUUCUGUUCCUUGUUAUUCUUCACGUUCACCUCUACGUCUAGAAAGCAGUUGGGUUGCUGGCCAAGGACCCCAAAAAAAAAAAAAAAAAAAAAAAGGUUUGAUGCUCUACUUUUUUUAUUUCCUGCUUUUGAUCGAUGUAAGCCUCACGCAACUUGAAAUGAAGAGAUUAUGAAGAUUACUUGGUGUCCA